AUGGAGAUAGAUGUCAACUCUGCCACAAUCACCGAAGAUGAUUGGAGAAAUCAUAUCAUUACCUAUCUACGAUAUCCAACUUUGCCCUCUGAGAAGAGAGUCAGAAUCAUGGCUUUAAACUACCUUAUGUGGAAUGAAGAUUUGGUCCGAAAGAGAAAGGAUGAGGCCAUGCUGCUGGAACUGGAGGGAUUGGAUGCAAGCAGAAUUGACACUCUCAACAAACUCCUGGCAGGAAAACAGGCUGUAUCAAGGGCCUACAACAAGAGAGUCAGGAACAAGAGUUUUGAAGAAGGGGAGAUAGUCUGGAAAGCAGUUCUGUCCCUUGGAACCCAUGUGGCUGGUUAUGGAAAAUGGUCGCCUACAUGGGAAAGCCUUUUCAUAAUCAAUCAGAUCCUCGGAAUGGGGGCAUACAGGUUGCAGGAUAGGGAUGGAGAAAUUCAUACGGCCCCAAUCAAUGGCGAAUGGUUAAAAAAAUUUUAUCCAACCAUGUGGGAUUCGCAGGCUGUACAAACAGACCCUGGGAUAGACACAAGAUUACACUAA